AUGGACAGCGCGGCCGCUCCGGAGGACGACGACGCCCUGGCGGCCACGCAGGAGGAGGACGACGCCCUGGCGGCCACGCAGGAGGAUGCCGGCGGCCUGGCGGCCACGCAGGAGGAGGGCGGCGGCGAGACCGACGACGAGAGUGCGAGCUGGGGCAAGCUCCUCUCUGCGGACGGCUCCGUCUCGCUCGAUUGCGAGGAGGCAGAGCACAGCGUGGGCCGCGCGCCGACCUGCAGCCUCGUCCUCGCCUCCCAGCGAGUGAGCGCCCUGCACGCUCGCCUGCGCCGCGGCACGCCACCCACCGUGGAGGACUGCUCGACAAACGGCGUGUGGCACAAUGGCGCUCGCAUCGGCAAGGGCAACCUCGUCGGCCUCCACGACAAGGACACGCUCGCGUUUGGGUGCGCGCCGGGAGGCGGCGGCGCAGCCUUCACCUUUGCCGCCGGCGCAUCGGCUCUGGGCGCUGGCGGCGCGGCAGCGGGCAGCAGCAGCCUCGCCAGCGAGGACCACAUCUCGUGCAGCGUCUGCCAGGACAUCCUCCACAACGCCGUCUCGCUCCAGCCCUGCCUGCACUCGUUCUGCGCCGGCUGCGUCUGCGGCUGGCUCAAGCAGAAGAAGGAGUGCCCGCAGUGCCGCUGCUGCCCCGCUGAGUGCCCGCAGUGCCGCGCGCCCAUCGUCGCCGCGUCGCGCAACCACACCAUCAUCGGCAUCCUGAGGAAGCGGGGCCGGGCGCACAGCGACGCGUCCGGCUCGGACUCGGACGGCGACGGCGACGACGACUCGGACGGCGGCGGUGGCGACCCCAUGCUUGCGCAGCUGAUGCUCGCGCGGCUGCAGGCGCAGAUGGCGGCGGCGGUGGCCAGCCUGACGCCGUGCUCCGGCUGCGGCAGCUUGCGCGCCGCCGACCAGCUCCGCCGCCUCACCGAGGAGCGCCACCUGCCCGCCUCCCUCCCGGACCGCGCCCUCGGGAACGGCUUCGAGACGGCCAUCCUCACGACGCAGCUGGCGCAGCGCGGCUCGAGCCUCGGCGCGAUGGUGCGCGAAGCGCUUUCCGCCGCCGCCGACCCGGCCGACCCGCGCUUCCGCCUCCCUGCCCCUCGCGGCGCCCCGCCGGGCGCACCGCCCGCCGACCCGGCGGCGCAGCUGUGCGAGCGCUGCUACAGCGACGCGCUCUUCUCGCUCGCCUACCAGUACCGCGCGAGCCUGCCUCGGUCCGAGCUGCCGCAGAGCGUGACGAGCCGCCCCAGCUGCUGGUACGGCCACGAGUGCCGCACGCAGAGGCGCGCCGAGCCGCACAAGCUCGAGCACGCCGCUCGCCUCAACCACAUCUGCGAGCCAGCCCCGGGCCGCCAGAGACCGCCGCGGCCGCAGCCACCGCAGCCGCUGCAGCCGCCGCCGCCGCAGCCACAACCGCCACCGCAGCAGCCACAGCCACCGCCACCGCCGCUGGCAGCAGCGCCGGCUGCAGGGCUUGCUGCUGGCACCGACGACGCGCCUGUCGUGCUCGACUAG